AUGCGCUCGGUGAUGCUCAAGAGUAGGGCUCUCCCUCGAAUUCUAAAUGUACAGAGUACUUUAUUGUUGAGGGAGUUUAAUAAAGCUCGUUUAUUUUCUACAGGCAGAGCUGUUUACCAAGCCGAGAAGACGAAGAAGACUAAAAAACAACAGGACUUUAAUCCCAAAUAUAUGGGUGUUGGGAACAAGAUAUUUAUCCCCACUUCAUACAACAACUUACCAAAUUUGUUCUUCCACCCAUUGAUCGUUUUGAAGGCCUUGAUUAGGCGAAUAUACACGUUUGGAUUAAACACUUUCAAGAUUGGUAUAUUUCGUUUUCAAACGGGUGUGAAACCGAACUUCCUUCUUUGGAAGAAUAAGGCAAUUGAGAGCUAUAUCCAGGUGAACAAAGCGUUUGUCAAUAGGGAUGUCGAUUCCGUUCGGAGGCAAGUGUCCCUUUGGGUGGAAGACUCACUCACCACUCGUGUGAAGAUGCUGCCCAAAAACUUGGUUCUAGAAUGGCAAAUCUUAAAGUUCAACGGUCCACCAAGACUGGUUGCGCUGGAACCAAUCAUGGCACCAGGCCAACCACUUGAAUAUCUUCAAUUGGUGUAUAAAUUUGACACGGAACAGGAGCUGAUUAAGCUGAACACCGUCACUAAAGAGACGGAAAAGCAGCUCAAAAACGUGAUUGAUUAUAUGGUGUUUUUAUGCGACACUACAACAAACGAUUUGUACUUAUCGGGUUCUAUUUGA